GGACAGAGUACUUCCUGUUUCCGGCAGUCUGCUUCAACUAUCCAGCAAGACACUAGCAGUCCGCUAUUAAUCACUCCUCCACCUGCUGAGGGACAUUGUUCAGUUCAGAACAUAAAAUGGCAUUGUGCAUUGUGAAAGAUUGCCCUAACUCAAGCAAGAAAACCAAACUAACUACAGCCACAUCACUACAUGUGUUUCCAAGAAGUGCAGAAAAUAUACGUCAAUGGUUGCUUGCGACCGGCCAAUUUGAUGAUGGCAUAGAUGAUAUGGUUAGCAGAGUGAUUGAAACGAACAAGACGGCACGUUAUAGAAUGUGUUCACUUCAUUUCACACCAGGAAAUUAUUAUUCAAAUGGACUGAAAAUGUGUCUCUACAGACAUGCAACGCCAACUGUCUUUGGAAUAAAUUUAGCCAGAAAAAUUCAAGGUUUGAGACAAUUGACUUCAUCUGGGCAAAGCUCUACACAUAAUGCAAAGAAAAUUGUGCUUUCAUUAAAUGAAGGUGACGUUGUUGAAAAUGUUAUCGAUCAUGUUGAACAUACUGCAGCCUUAACUUCUGUGGGUGUAUCACAUGCUAUUAAUUGCCAUUUUUGUGGACAUCAGAUCAACAAAGUGUACAUGGAUGCUUCAACUAAUACAGAAUCUAAAAUGGAACAUAAAGAAGCACAGCUUGAUGGAUUGCAUGAAACCGUAGCAUCUGGUGCCCAAACCAAUGUAUUAUUUGAGCGUCUAGAGAAAAACUUGGGCACUGGGCUAUUAAACAUGAAGGAAGAGGAUGAGACAGAUGACAUGAAUAGUCAUCAGACUGAAAUACAUUGGUCCCUCCCUACCGAUGAAGAUAACGCUGAUAUAGUGAAGGUUGAGAUAACAGAAGAUUUGUGUGUGCCGCAUCAGCUGGAAGCAACAGAUGAGGAAAGCAGUGACAGCAUCAGCCCUGAUGACGAUAACGCUGAUACAGAGAAAGGUGAGAUAGCAGAAGAUCUGUAUACGUGUGAUCAGGUGAAGACUGAGGAGGAUGAAGUUCCUAUAAAUACGGAUACAGGUGGAUUCACAAACUGCAACAAUCCUAAUAGUAAUCAGACUGCAGAUGCUUUUAAUAUUUUCCAAAAUCAAAGAAGCCAAGUGGGAAAUUUAUGUUCUGAAUGUGGAAAAUGUUUUACCAAGAAAUCACAUUUAAUUGAUCAUCUCAAAAUUCAUACAGGAGAUAAACCAUUUUCAUGUUCUGUAUGUGGGAAAUGUUUUACCAGAAAAUCUAAACUUAUUAGUCAUCAGAAAAUCCACACAGGAGAGAAAGCAUUUUCAUGUUUUGUAUGUGGGAAAUGUUUUACCCAGAAAGCAUAUCUUGUAGACCAUCUGAGAAUUCAUACAGGAGAGAAACCAUUUUCGUGUUCUGAAUGUGGAAAAUGUUUUACUUGCAAAUCACAACUUUUAAGACAUCAGAAGAUACAUACAGGAGAAAGGAAAUUUGCAUGUUCUGAUUGUGGGAAAUAUUUUAGUCAGAAAUCACAUCUUAUUGAUCAUCUGAAAAUUCAUACAGGAGAAAGGGCAUUUUCAUGUUCUGAAUGUGGGAAAUGCUUCACCUUGAAAUCAAAUCUUAUUGUUCAUAUGAAAAUUCAUACAGGAGUAAGGGAAUUUUCAUGUUAUGAAUGUGGGAAAUGUUUUACAAAGAAAUCAACUCUUAGUACUCAUCAGAAAAUUCAUAAAGGAGAAAAGGAAUUUUCAUGCUCUGAAUGUGGGAAAUGUUAUAUUCAGAUGUCUUCUCUUAUCACUCAUCAGAAAAUUCAUAUUAAAGAGAAAACACAUUCUGAUUGUGGGACAUCAGAUCUUAACCUCAUGUUGUAGUCAUUAUCCACACAGUGCCUAGACAUUUUAUUUCAUUAUAGUGGGGGGGGGGGGGGGGUGACCACAUGUGUUCGGCAAUGCUGGAGGAAUACCCAAGUUACAGAGCUAGAUAGAGGAUCAGUCAGCUUCCUUUAAAAAGCCUAGAAAUCACCAAGAUCUACUGUUUGCAUGACUAUGGACUGUUCUUCCAAAUGGCAUAUAACUUGGCGAAAUAAAGUUUAACCACAAUUACAAAAAAUAAAAUAAGGGGGCGUGUCCAGGCAGCGACUGAAAUGGCCGCAUAAAUUAGAAGCUUGUAGAGAAGUCUAGGAUCCUAGUCAUAGAUCUGGAGACAUAUGCAGCAUCCAUACUAAAUCUUCAAAGCUAUGAAUACUUUGUGUUAGAGUACAAGCCUCUAUAUAUUUGGAUGCAUCCAUGACCUAAGAGCUCCGUACUGCGCAGACAGGAUCUAAGCGGCUUCUAUCUAUAUAGAUCUUGACACCCUCCCCCGGGUUAAGCAGGUCCACACCAACUGCUAUAUUACCAUAUAUAUCUCAAGUGUAUGACUCAAUAUGGAGGACUUAUGAUCACUUAUACAGACCCUACUCGAGAACUUAGAAACGAAAAUGGAUAACAUGUUUGCCUAUCUUACUGCAUCAUGUUGAUCUAUGUGCAAGGGCCACACGUUAUUGUGCAGAGAGAGAUUGAUCCUAUAAUUAACAGGGAAACGCAUAUCCCACUGGGACUGCAAAGAGCGGUAAAGAGUUCACUUGAACCGACAAUGGUGAUAUGUGGUAAGACCCCUGGAACUCCUCACCAAGCGCAUGAUGAAAAUCAUGUAGGACUAUUUACAGCUAAUACUUCAGGAGGCUGGUGGACAACGGAUUGGGCCUACCACCCAUGCGAUCACUUGGGGGAGGGCCAAAAAAGCUGUGAUCACCACUUCAGUGUCUAAGUUCCUAACGAAAAAUACCCUCACACACAAGGGUGAAAACCUAAUUGGAAGUGUGUGACGGUUUAGAGAGCACCACGAUCGCUACCAUAGCAGACAGACCUACCAUUACAUAUCUAGCAGCUCGCAGAUCCCUACACAUGCUCCAGCCUAAACCUCACAACAAGUGAUCCACUACCAUCACAGAAAAGGCAAGCAAGUAUAAGUCACAACCAUCUGAGGGGAUGUCAAUAAUUCUCUUCAUGUUUGUGCACAGAAUUGUCUGAAAUCUUAAUUUGCAGAAAGACUUUAGAAUGGUGAACUUCUCCCUACAUUACUACCACAGGCAAUACUCAUCAGACUACACCCAGAGGAGAGAUAGAUGUCUGGUGUCAAAAUACACUACCAUAGAACAUUGCUUUUUAUACACUAUAUGUGGCAGUUAAUGUAUUAUUCCCAGUUUAGUUUAGGAAUUCACCCAAAUACUUUGAGAUGUGGGAUUGCAUGGUCACCUUACCGUGCCUGCUGAGGAUAGUUUACACCUUGUACCUUUUUUUUGUGCAUGAGCUGUUUUGUGUAAAUGUUUGUGUUGCUGUGAACAUAUAUAACUAUCUAUGUUGUUCUGGUGUCCUCCAUAUAUGCAUCAGUGGCAAGACAGACUAGCCACCAGACAGGUUUUCACACUAAUACCUCAAUAUACAAAGCUUUUUCAAAGAUUAAGCUAUCACUUUAGCUUCACUUAAUUCCACUCUAGCAGGCUCUAAACUAAAUGAAUCUCCUUUAUGUAUUGGAUAGUCCCCUUUUUUAUUGUUGAGUACACCUUGUGGAUGCAAAUCCUAAUUCAUGCUUAUAAAAUAAGCAUUAAAAAAUGUUUAACAAUCUGCUGUCAUCAGCUCACUUUACAAUCAUUAUGAGCAUAUUUAUUAUAUAAUGGGUCUUCCCUCCACUUGUCUGAAUAGAUUGGGAGUUCUUGAAUAUGCAACAUUUUUAUAUAAUAUUGCUCAGUUUUUCACUGACAAUCUGCUCACUCCGUAUUACAGCCUGCAUUUAACAUUAUAUUAUCUUAACCAUACUAUAUUAAAGGGCAAGUCAACCAAAAAAUAUUAUUACUUAUUUAGAUUAGUUAACCCUUUUUACAGCCAACUGUAGCCCAAUUUUCAUCUUAAUAAACUUUGCAAGUAAAUACACU